UAUGUGGUACCGUUGGAAAUGAUGCGCCUCGCGGCCUCCCUGGCCUGUGCUCCCUCUCAUUUCACAUUCACAAGCCACUGACUGCCUCGAAGCGGCGCGGCGGGCGGCGGAAGAUCUACUAAGAUGGCAGAACUCUCAUUUGCUGUGAUUUGCUCGAGCAACAUGAAUCGCAGCAUGGAAGCUCAUGCUUUCUUGAGUAAAAAGGGAUUCAAUGUGCGAUCCUUUGGAACUGGAGAUAAAGUGAAACUACCAGGCCCUGCACCUGACAAACCCAAUUGUUAUGAGUUUGGAACCUCCUAUGAUGAUAUCUACAAUGAUCUCUUGAAGAAAGAUAAGACUCUAUAUACUCAAAAUGGUCUCCUCCAUAUGCUAGACAGAAAUAGAAGAAUUAAGCCAGAUCCUGAACGAUUUCAAAUUAGCAAAGACAAAUUUGAUAUCAUUAUUACCUGUGAAGAGAGGGUUUAUGAUCAAGUUCUUGAAUGCUUAGAAGCAAGAAUUCCAGAAGAAAAUACUCCAGUCCAUGUCAUUAACAUAGAUAUUCAAGACAACCAUGAGGAGGCCACCAUUGGUGCUUUCAUGAUCUGUGAGCUGGCUGCUUUGCUGUCUGGAACUGAAGAUUUGGAUAAUGAUAUUGAUGAAUUGCUUCAUGAAUUUGAGACAAAAUGCCAAAGGAAUGUUCUUCAUUGCGUACAGUUUUAUUGAACAGAAGACUGUUCAAGAUGUGGGCCUCAGGGGAUACUUCCUGAUAUUUCAUUCCUGAAUAUCAAAUUGUGCUCUGGUAUAUAUAUAUAUAUAUA